AUGACCGGAACCCGACUACGAAUCAGAGUGCAGGGCUUGGUUACAAUUGGAGGCAUUUCGGAUGGAUUCGUUCCAGGAAGCCCGCCGCAGCACGCCGCCGAUGAGCGCCCGCCGGACCCAUGGACUCAGAGCCAAUGUUUGCAGACCCCAUGCUCAACGUGUAUACACCGCCAGAUCCCUCAUCUCUGCCACCUACCUGCCCCAUCAUCGAUGGGAGCAUCACGUCACCGGCAUAUGCCUUCCCCACGCCAUCCUGAUGUUCAUACCAAUGACCCCGUCGCGAGCAUUCAAACGCCAGCACGGACAACGGAACCAUCCACGGCCUCCGGGUCGGGCUUCCAUUCCUCCCGCAUCGGACAUUUGCUCAAUUCGCGAGGGGCGCCAUCGUAUCAUGGGGCAUCCUACUUUGGUUACCAAUCCGCCGCUUCCUUGAUAUCCAUGGAAUCACCCGAGUUACCGAUAGGCAUGUCCUGCAUGCCCCACUCCUCCACAAGACCGAAUCCUCAUUUCCACCGAGAUGACAAGAGCCCUUACUCGCAUAUCUGGGAGCUCGUCGGGUAUCUGCCAAGGAGAAAAGAGCUGGUCGAUUAUCGUGUUGAGAGAUUCUUCACUGAGCUCAAUCCGGUCUACGACGCUGUCCACCACGAGACGUUUCAGACAAGCUAUGAUGCCUUUUGGAACCGCAAGUGGGGUGACGAUGAUCUGACGGCUGUGGACUUGCGAUGGCUUGCAGUCCUCUUCAUGAUGCUUGCCUUUGCCGAGUUGUUAGACUGUUCCCCAGAAGCAUCUCCUGAGGCACAGAGAAGCUGCGAAGAGACUUCGGUGCAGUUCUUCUGGGGAUCACGAAAAGCAAUCGUUCUCGCACCCACAUUGUCAGGUGAGAGCCCUGACCUCGUACGGGCCGGUAUCUUGGUAUCGCGAUACUUGAUGUUCUGGGGACGCAAAACCGAGAGCUGGCUUACGAGCUCCUUCGCCAUACGUAUGGCACAGGCGCAAGGUAUGCAUGUUGAUGGAGAGUCUUGGGGUCUUCCCCCAAAAGUGCUUGAGACGCGACGACGAUUAUGGUGCACACUCUAUUCUAUGGAUCGGUCAAUAUCACUCGCGACUGGUCGGCCUUACACCAUUAACAGCAAGCACUGCAUGGAGAUGAAGAUACGAAACGUGUGGAUUGAUGACAACUCUCCCGAAGAUGCAGCAGCUGCUGUGGAAAGGCCAAUCGAAGACCCAACACAGAGCAUCUACUAUAGAUACACUCAACAGCUUGCGACCAUCCUGGGUGACAUCCACGACGACUUCUUCGGCCUUGUGCCAAUGACGGCAUCCUACCAAACUUAUGAAAAGGUCAUGGCCUUGGACCAGAUCCUGCUGGACUGGGCCGCCGGUCUGCCGCCCUACUUCCGCCUGGACGAUGCUGACACCUCCAUGGACUCUGAUCGACCUUUCUUACGGUGGCAGAGAUUGUAUCUUCACUCGUCUUACCACUUUGCGCGGAUCACAUUGCACCGUACUUAUGUCCUCCUGGAGUCGAUUACAGAUCGCUUCCAGUAUUCACGAACGGCAUGCAUCUCCUCAGCCUGUGCGGACCUCCAUCAAAAACUCUCUCUCCGAAACUCGUCCAUGACAGAUAGACUCCUUGCUGGAGCUGCUAUGCACAACCUUUUCAACUCAGCACUCGUCCUUGGCAUUAUUGCCGUCAAGGAACCACAUAGUCCUCGGACAAACGCCAUACUAGAAGACCUGGCUGCCUACUGUGAGAAAAUGCGCGCCGAUACCUGGGCGAACGAGUUCGUCAUGGCAGAAGUCAAGGUCAUUGAGCUGUGCAUCUAUACAGCGAGAAAGACAAGCGGAGGAGGGUCAGAGCGGUCACACUCUACACAGCGCCCAGAUGUCGACAAUACGGCUUGUCAGGAUGGCGAUGUAAGCUAUACUGAUGAGCUUGAUGUCCAUGCCCCCUAUGAGAGUUGGCUUGACAGCUGGCUCGGACCUACACGAACAUUUCCCGAGCCGCUAGACUACCAAUUUUGGGAGGACCUUGUCGGCACAUUGGAGGCAAGAUGA